UCCAUUUGCCCAUUUUCCCUCUAGUUUCUUUCUCUGUUUUGUUUUUCACUGGCUUCAUCUCUGUAAAGUUGUACUUCUUGUUCUUCUUCUCCACUGUUUGUAUUUGGUGCUGUUUUUUGGUUUUCAAAUUGAGACUAUGCAUCCUACUAAUACCAGUCCUUCAGUCACCACUGAAGCAGAUAUUCAUUCUUCUUCUUCUUCGUCUCCUCCAUCCGGUAAAUUGACGUACGAUGUGUUCCUCAGUUUCAGAGGUACAGAUACCCGCAAAAAUUUCACAGACCAUCUGUACACUGCUCUGGUGCAGAAAGGGAUACACACGUUUCGAGAUGAUGAGGAACUUGUGAGGGGGGAAUCAGUUGCUCCCAAUCAACUUGUGUGAACUUAUUGCUGUCAAUUAGAUGUUCUGUAGCAAUAAUAUCUAUCACUGUUUUCGUAUUAUCUGGGAUGCAACUUCUUCGUAUCAAUUCAUGUCUAUACGCAUGCCCGUAUCCAUCAUCAACUGAUUUCUGGAUUUGAGUCAUAUUACCAAUUUUCAUCAGGAAGCUGUCUAUCUCUGAAGACUUUUACCUAUCAGCUGACCUUUCACUCUCGAAAUAGGUAGCCACAUCUUCCUUGUCAACAUUGGCUAGAUUCCCUUGGGGAUCAAGAUCGAAGAUUUUGGACAGCCAGGACAUCACUACCUUGGAUCCUCCUAUGCGUUUGCAGCUCUUUGAAUUUGAGGCCUGCCCUUUUUGCAGGAGGGUUCGCGAAGCUUUGACUGAGCUAGAUCUUUCAGCAGAGGUGUAUCCUUGUCCAAAAGGUUCAAUAAGACACAGAGAAUUGGUCAACAUAUCUGGUGGGAAAGAGCAAUUUCCUUUUCUCAUUGAUCCAAAUACCGGUAUAUCAAUGUAUGAAAGCGUAUGCACGAAUUGUGCGUGAAGCACUUUGUGAGUUGGAGCUUCCUUACAUCCUACAGAAUGUAGGAGAAGGGUCCCUGAGGUCAAAGCUACUUGUUGAUGCAUCGGGGUCCAAAGAGGUUCCCCACUUAAUUGAUCCCAACACUGGUACUCACGUUGGUGACUACAAGAAGAUCCUGUCAUACUUGUUCCAGACAUAUUCAGUCGCCGCCGUAUAGGAUAUAAAUCAGUUGCAACUUGCCAAAUGGCUGGAGGUAAUUUUACUCCAUGUACACGCUGUAAAUUACAUUGUAAUUAGACAUCCUUAAAUAUCCGAUGCUCCUGUAAUUUUGAACGCCAUAUGUACAUAUGUUGUAACAAAAUUACAUGAUGGUCUAGGCGAUCUGCUUCAUCUUCAAGUUUCCUUUUCCUUAUCAUGAAUCGAUGACAAUAUGAUGAAGCAUAUGUAUUAGUUCUC